UCUUCCCACGCGUUACUUCCAAGAAAUCGACGACACAGCCACCAUGACGUUACUGCUGUCACCGGGAACGAUACUCCUCACAACGUGUGUCGUCAUAGCGAUGCCGCAAUGUUCAGCUUGGGCUACCGGAAGAAGAGCCGGACGCUGCCGGGAGCCUGUUAACCGUAAAAUAGACUUCCAAAAUGAACUCCAUGACAGUUUUUACCAAAUUCCACCUCUCCUGGACACUGUUGCCAAUCUUUCUUCAGUCCACGAACAGUUCGUACACUUGAGGCACGCGGUGUUGACGGGGGAGCCCCAGUGCCCGACGUGGGAGGAGGCGGUGCGACGUCAUGGGGGGAGGGUCUGCCCCUUCCACUACGUGUUGAACUACGACGAGAACAGAAGACCAGACACCUUGGUCGAGACUCAGUGCAAUUGUGGUGAAUGUCUGAGACCAGACAAUGGCCCCUCCAACCUGAUGGACUGUCUGCCAAUAAUAUAUUACACCAAGGUGUUCCGGCGGACCGCGUGCGUGCAGGGAGUGUAUCGCUACGCCGCCAUCUGGGAGCCGCUCAACAUCGGAUGUCAGUGUGCGCAUGCGCCCAGUCGCUUUACAGACAACGUCAGAACGAGAUCCCAACCAUAGGAUCUUGACAUCAUUGCCCGCUUAAAUAGCGUCUUUCUGAUUGGUCAUAAACUCAUCUUAU